AGAUAGACAUUUAUGUGGAUUUAUAUAAUAUAACAACUUAAAAAAAUAUCGAUCACGUUUAGUAAAUAAAUUGAGCUAAGAAAUCACCGAAAGCACAUACAUGAUAAUUAAGAGGAAGGCGGUCGCAGCUAGCACACAGCUUUGGCGUGAGGUCGUUUCUCUCUGCCUCCAAGAACCGGCAUUUUUCUUCAAGCUCAUGCACGUAUGAUCAUUAAGCUUUGCAGCAAGCUCAGCGUUCUGUUCCUAGAAGGUGCCGCUAGUUUCUCCGUUGCCAUACAAAGGCUGCAGGCAGCAUAUAUAAUCAAAGUGCUAGUAGCUGCUUCUUUCUUCAAUAUCCCGAUCGAAUGCAUGCGUAAGUUGUUGUAUAUGCGUAUUCAUAUGGUUGCUGCAAAUAAUACUGCGUACAACGAGAAUCUAUAGCUGUUAGCUUUGCAUUGAGCUCGAUCGAUCGGCUUAAUUAAUUUCUCUACCUCAUCGGCCAGUUGCAAUAAUAUUAUGCCUCGAAGCUCAUCGAAUUGAAUCGUUAAUGCCUCGAUCGGUUACUUGGCGACUUGAACAAAAAGCUUCGCAGUCAUGAUAUUGUUCUUUCUCUUCCCCCCCAACUUGGGGCGAUCAUGUUCUUCAUAAUUAUUACGCAAAGCAUAUAUGCACCGUGGUCAUGAUGUUCAGAAGGUGUAGACGCAACACUACUACUAGCGAGCAUAUAUAUCUUUGUUUCUGCAACAUCUGGAAGCUUUGAUAUAUCUUCAUGAUAUAUAAUAUGAUUGAUCAAAAGGUGCACUAAACCUGAAUUUGAAGAAUAAUGAUCAGAAGCCACUCUCGAAUAUUCAGAAUACGAUGUUGUUAAUUGGACCCACAGGAAUAUUGAUUCGGCCGGAUCACACAGACUUCCAGCCAGUCAAAUCACGCCACAUGGCGAAACAGUCUCCUUCCGAGAAAGCGUAACAAGGACUAGUAGUAGGAGCGGAGGCAUCCUUCUCACUGUCGUCUUCUUAGAGGCAAGCCCAUUUUACGUACCUUCCACCCGGUCUCUCUGAGCAUCCGAACUUUCGCCUUUCCAUCCCGGUAAAUGGCCGAUUACGAGCCGCUAACGGAUGUCGAACAGCAACUUCAGACCAACAGGAGAGCCACGCGUGUCGCCUCCCUGGAUGUCUUUCGCGGCCUCUGCGUCUUCAUGCUUCACUUAAGGGAUCAGAAUGCGAAAACAGCCAUAGAAAUGGAUUUUUCUCGGGUAUAUUAUAAGCAACAGUUUUAUAAUAUUUAUAGUGGACGUUAGUGGUUGCUGCAUUGCUUCCUUUUCCAGCUCAUGAUGCUAGUUGAUUAUGGCGGGUCGGUUUUUCCCAUAAUUUCUCAUUCCCCAUGGGAUGGCAUUCACUUGGCUGAUUUUGUGAUGCCUUUCUUUCUUUUCAUUGCUGGGCUUUCUCCUGCUCUUGCGUACAAGAAAGUACCCAACAGAGCAGAGGCUACAUGGAAAGCAGUGCUUAGGGCAGUGAAGCUUUUUCUUCUGGGAGUUCUUCUUCAAGGUGGUUAUCUGCAUGGAGUCAAUUCGCUGACAUAUGGUGUUGACAUCGAAAAAAUAAGGUGGAUGGGCGUUUUGCAGAGGAUAUCUAUUGGAUACAUUGUUGCGGCUUUAUGUGAGAUCUGGCUUACAUGUCGGACGUGGAGGCAAGAAGGUUUCUUUAAGAGUUACUUCUGGCAUUGGUGCAUUGCAUUUUCACUGUCAGCAGUAUACAUGCUGCUAUUGUAUGGUCUAUAUGUUCCAAAUUGGCAAUUCACAGCACCAGCCUGGGCAUCUUCUUUGUCUCCAUCAAAUGAUAGCAAUGUUUACACGGUGAGAUGUGAGGUGAGAGGUGAUCUUGGACCUGCCUGUAAUUCUGCUGGAAUGAUCGACCGCUAUAUUCUAGGUGUUGAUCAUCUAUAUAUGAAACCAGCUUACAGGAACCUGAAGGAGUGCAAAAUAUCCGAUGACCAAGAUUGUUCACCUCCAUGGUGUGAUGCUCCUUUUGAUCCUGAAGGUAUCUUAAGCUCCUUAACAGCAGCUGUGACUUGCAUUUUUGGACUUCAGUAUGGACACAUUCUUGCUGAUUUACAGGACCACAAGGAGCGCUUAACAAAAUGGUCCUUGUUAUCAAUUUCUUCCUUUAUCCUUGGACUGUUGCUUGCUUUCGCAGGCAUCCCUGUGAAUAAAUCUCUGUAUACAGUCAGUUAUAUGUUGAUUACUUCUGCAUCUGCGGGGAUCACAUUUUGUGCUUUAUACUUGUUGGUAGAUGUUUACGGUUCCAGACGAUUAACAUCUGUGUUGGAGUGGAUGGGAAUGCAUUCUUUGAGCAUCUUUGUUCUCAUAACUUCUAACUUAGCUAUCAUUGCCAUUCAAGGAUUCUACUGGACUGCUCCCGAAAAUAAUAUUGUCCACUGGAUCAUAUCACGUCUUGUGCACGCAUGACAAGGGCAUCAAGUUCCUGUCUGUUGGUUAAGCCUUUGGAUCUCCAUCCUUAAUCCGAUAUUACGCAUGACAUUUAGCUUUUGUGUUACUCUUCAUGAUGCUUAAAAUUCUUUUGUUGCUUUACAGUUUUGCGGUAAUAAUCAUGGAGGUUAAAAAAGAUGGUAGAAAGAAGAGAACUCUAAUUGGGGUAGCCAAUCUUGUUGCAGACUGUUGUGAUUCUUUAUUCUUCAUCCUUUUCUUUUGUACAGAAGAAAAGGGUGAGUACUGAAUGGUGUACUGUAGUCGCUUAUAACUGAAACCUUGAAUAAUUUACACUUCAAAUGUAUAUAAGAAUUCUGAAGUGUUGAGCCUUUUCUAGUCCAUCAUGAUGGAAUGUUUGUAACUUUGUAAGAUUAGUGGGAGACUUCCUGAAAGUGAAUUUGGUGAUGGCAUGUUA